CUAUGGACUAGAUGCUGAAAAUCUUCCUGCAAGAAGCUUUGUGUUUCAGCGGGUUAAGGCUGGUGUUCCUAUAUUCAUUCCAAAUUCUUUACCCGUCCCAGCGUUUGAAAUACAAAACAAGUUUAGUUGUCAGUCAGGCUUUCUUUAAUCCGCAAUUCAUAUCACUUUUCACCCCUAGGUGCUUUUAUGUUCUUUUACUUCACCCAACUCUCUCUCCAUCUCUCUCAGACGCAGAGAAACGAUGGUGCCGAUCAACUUCCGAUCUCUAUUAAUAUUCUCUGCAAUCCUUCGGAUCUUUCUUAUAAUUUAUGGAGAAUGGCAAGAUACUCAUAUGGAAGUUAGAUACACAGACAUUGAUUACUAUGUCUUCUCUGAUGCUGCUUCUUUAAUGGCUUCAGGGAGAUCCCCUUAUGAGAGAUCUACAUAUCGAUAUUCUCCUUUGCUUGCGUUUCUACUCGUACCCAAUUCAUUUAUUCAUCAAUCUUGGGGGAAAUUUCUUUUCUCUGCUUCAGAUUUGCUUGUGGGAAUACUUAUUCGCUCGAUUUUGAAGCUACGUGGGGUUCCUGAGAAAACAUGCUUAAGUUCUGUAGCAUUGUGGCUCUUCAAUCCAUUUACUUUCACCAUUGGCACUCGUGGAAACUGUGAGCCGAUGGUUUGCGCUAUAGUCCUGUGGAUUAUUUACUGUCUCAUGAAUGGGAGUGUUCUGCAAGCAGCAAUAUGGUAUGGACUUGUGGUUCAUUUUAGGGUCUACCCAAUUAUCUAUGCGCUUCCUAUUCUCCUUGUUCUUCAUCCACUCAACCUUCAAACUGGUCAGAAGCUUGUCAUUCAGAAAUGGAGCCAGAUUCAACAAGAAUCGUCUCUAUAUUCAAGCAGCAAAAAUCUGUUCUGUAUGGCCAACCCAUUGCUUCUUUUGAGAAAUCUUUUUACAAGAAGGAGAAUAAUAUUUGGGUUGCUCUCUGGGACUGUGUUCUUAAUUUUUACCAGUGUUUCCUUUUAUCUGUAUGGAUGGGAGUUUCUGCACGAGGCACUUCUAUACCAUCUUACUCGCACCGACCCAAGGCACAAUUUCUCUAUCUAUUUCUAUCACAUCUACCUUCAUCAUGAGCAUGCAUUCUCUGUGGUGGAGAAGCUCAUUUCGUUCUUGCCUCAGUUGAUUGUCCAGCUGGUGCUCAUUGUGCGGUUUGCUCAGGACCUACCAUUCUGCCUCUUUGUGCAGACAGUAGCCUUCGUAGCAUUCAACAAGGUUUGUAAUUCACAACCAUUUUAUUUUUCUUUUAGUGUUAAGUCACUUGAUAACUUGCUAUUGGAAGUUGUAGUUCAUCAUCGUCGGGUUACAUUCUCUAAAUUUAUCGCCAGUUGCCUAGUCAUUGUUAUUACAGCCCAGUACUUCGUGUGGUUCUUCUGCUUGUUGCCUCUAAUACUUCCAUGGAGCACUAUGAAACUGAAGUGGGAAGGGUUAUCCUGCAUUUUUAUAUGGAUGUGUGCUCAAAUCCAUUGGCUGAUGUGGGGUUAUCUAUUAGAAUUUAAAGGAAAGAAUGUCUUCAUCCAACUUUGGUUAGGAAGCAUAUUGUUCUUGGCUGCAAACACUUGGGUUCUUGUUAUGGUCAUCCGAAGACAUAUAUACUCGCCUGUGUUCCUGUUGCAAGAGAGGCGGACUUCCAGCAAAACGAGAAAAUUGCAGUGAGAGCUAUGGAUUUUACUUUUUACCUUGCUUGAGAUCUUUCUUUGAACAAUGUUAAUCUUCUUUGGUUUUUGAACUGUAAAUGAAUCUCCUGGUUUAGUAAUUUUUUGGUUAAACAAUACUUUUUAACAGGCAUCAUAUUGUAGCUCUAAAUUUUGUCGAUGUAAACAAAUGACAUGUAAACCCUUUUAAGCGGUUAUUAUAAUCAGCUGCACACCCGCUCCUGCGGUUUUAUCCAA